AUGUCUAAGCCAGCUAUCGGCUUCGUCGGCCUCGGAGCCAUGGGCUUCGGCAUGGCCACCCAGCUCGUCAAGCAAGGAUACCCCGUGCACGGCUUCGAUGAGUCCGCCAGUGGAAAGCAAUACUAUGUUUGCAUGGUGGCAACGGCGGCCCAGGCGCAAUCAGCUCUUUUCGGCGAGGCCGGUAUAGUAUCGGCCUUACCGAAUAACGCGACCUUGAUCCUCACUUCCACGGUCCCGGCUUCAUACGCCCAGUCCGUUGCCGCGGAGCUGCAAUCCAUUGGCCGUGGAGACAUCCUCUUCAUCGACGCCCGGUCUCUGGCGGCGCAAUUCGUGCUGCACAGGGAACCCUCUCAAUCAUGGCUGCUCUAUCUUGUUCCCGGGGGCGUCGGCGCCGGAAGCAACAUGAAGAUGGUGCACCAGGUGCUUGCGGGAAUCCAUAUUCUUGGUGGUAGCGAGGCAAUGGGCUUUGCAGCUCAGCUUGGCCUUGAUGCGACCAAGGCCGCGGAAGCUAUUAAGGCUUCAGAUGCAUGGUCAUGGAUGCACGAGAAUCGAUUGCAACGUUUGUUGGAAGAGGACUGGCACCCGGGAGCUAGUGCGAUCUCAAUUAUCCUGAAAGAUGUCGGCAUCAUCACUUCCUCCGCCCGACAAAACCAAUUUCCCCUCCCACUCUGCACCUCGGCCGAGCAGGUCUACCUCUCCGCCGUUCUGCAAGGCAACGCCACCGUCGACGAUGCCUCUAUGGUCCGCCACUACUAUAACAAGCCUGUCCUGAGCGUCUCCGACACCCGGUCUGCGACCGAAACAGCCGAAGCCCUCCAACUAGUAUUGGACAUGAUGGAAGUAACGAACCUGGUCGCGGCCGCCGAGGCCGUGGCAUUUGCGCGGCACCUCAAAGUCGACCUCAAGCAAUUCUUCACGCUUGUCAGUGAUGCCGCAGGAUCCAGCCGGCAAUUCGUGACUAAGGGGCUGGAGAUGAUUGAAGGACGUAUCGGCGAGAAGGCCGGGUCACCCACGAUCAGCGAUGCUAUCGCGCGCUUGGAGAAGGCCGUGCAGAAGGCGCGGGAUUUGCACUGUCCAUUGUACCUUGGAAACUCUGCGCUGAAUGUGCUCUUCCUUGCUAAACGAGCUGGUCUGGAGAAGGAGAGUAGCAGCAGCGUGAUUAAGGUCUUUGGCAGCAAUUAG